CUAGAUGAGAGAGGUUCCCCGUAUGUAAUAUGGCGUCGUAAUGUUAACAUUUUGAAGGAGCAAUUGCUUGGGUGGUUUUCUGCUGGAUUUCCCGCAACCUAUACAAGCCUCACAAGUUUUCCUCCUAGUAUUGCAUUAAUGGUAAUGCAUGCGAGGAAACUACCACGUAUUAGCGAUGGGUUCAACGAAAAGCAUCAGACCCACGGCUAUGAGAAUUCCAAGUAUAGUAGUAAGUACCGCUACAGCAACCACGAAAAGAAUAGGGACUCGCCCUCCACGAAUUCUCUUCGCUCCUCGUCGCCAGAUUCCCGUUCACAGUCUCCCCGCUAUCAUAAAGCAGCCAGCUACUACAAGGUCCGCGAAAAAGAACGAGAGAGGGAUCGGGAAACUAGGGAACGGGAGAGGGACAGGGAUAGAGAGCGAGAUCGCGACAGAGACAGGGAACGCGAACGUGAUAGAGACAGGGAUCGUGAUAGAGACUAUCACUACAGGGACAGAGAUGACAGCCGAUCUCCAAAAGAACGUCGUCGUGAAGUUCGGGACAGGGAUAGAGACAGGGAACGUGAGAGGGACAGUCGGGGAAAUCAUGACCGUAUCAAUUCCGUUCAUAAGAAAGAAGAGAAGGAACGUUUGGGACGGGUGGGGGACUGGUCAGAGCAUGUAAGUUCCAGUGGCAAGAAGUAUUACUAUAAUUGUCGGACGGAGGUUUCGCAGUGGGAGAAGCCUCCCGAAUGGUUGGAGUGGGAGCGCGCACGUGCCAAGGAUCCCUCCAAUAGGUCACAUGAAAAGAGCUCUGCGAGACAAGAUAAACAUUCCAGUCUAGGGGAGAGUUAUCGGGAAGUGCGUGACAUAAGGGACAAUGACAGGGAAAGGAGCGACAGGGAUAGAAGAGAAAUCUACCGUAGCGAUGACUAUGAUAAUAGAAGAGAUAACAGGAAAGUUAGUAAAGAAGGCGGGACCGAUGACAUGGAAAUUUCUUCUGGUGACAGCACGCCAACAUCAGAACACCACCACCAUAAUAGGGGAUCUGGUGAAAACAGUCAUGACGUAAGUGGGGCCAAUGUGUCGUUAGCAUCAAGUCUAGUGUCUACCUCUGGCACAACCUUAACGUCCACCCACUCCAGCACUGCGCCCACCCUCUUGCAGUCUGGAAUAAGAUCUAAACUUGGUGCCACCAUGGUUAUGCUACCUACAUCCCUCCCCACUUCGUUACCUCCCUUGGGUAGCAGUUCAUCAUCAUCUGCGGGUACCAACACUAUAACCACCUCAUCAUUAGCCAGCAGCAUCCCUGCGUUAGCUGGUUCUACACCAAUGGCAGUGCCGCAACUUUUACCCCAUCAUCCGCGUCUCUCGACACUUUCAAAUUCCAUGAACUCCAAGAGUGGAAUACCAGUUGUUGAAGAUAAUGUUAAUCAUUCUACAAACGAUGAAGGACAUAUUGGAAAAUUAGAGCCACUUUCAAUAUCUGCAAACAAUAACAAUAUUGGAGGUGGCGGACCUCCAACGCCAACUCACUCUGAAAAUCAAGAUGGAGUAGACAUUAGAAAAGUGGGUAGCCCAACCAGCAGUAUUAACUCACUUCAGUCACUAACACAGACAGCUGGAGGAUCUUUAGCGGGCUUGAGGCCUGUAGGGCCUACGUUAACACCAAGUUUAGCAAAUUAUUACAAGGAGUCUUUAAUAUCUCACGUACAAAAUUGGCCGGCGGAGGCCUUAGAAAAGCCAGCUCAGAGACUGUCAGAGGAAGCUCAUUCUAUUGGUAGUCUAGUGAUGACGCGGGUAUCUGCCGAGCUCAAGAUGGCACGCUCCCUUGUUCGACUCGCGGAGAUACAGGCCACUCUCCAUGAACAAAGGAUACUUUUCCUACGUGCUCAGAAGCGAGAGCUUGAAGAUAUGAAGUCACAGAAUUGCUUCAUGAGUGAUACAUAGUGCUGGGCACGGCUGUGAUAGCUGCCCAGGCCUGUUGUCUUGACGUGAGACCUGCCUGGGAGUAUUUAUAAAUUAUAUUUUCUUAUUACGAUAGAAAUGUUAGGGAAGGGUCGAGAUGCGGCUGCCAAUACCAGUGCAGAGAAGUGCCGCUGUGGGCCAGGGCAUAUGCUGCUUCCAUGUUGGAUAGAGCAAACUGUCGUGUUCCUCAAUGGGUCCAGCCUGCCCUCGGCCAUCCUCAACCCAUAAUCCCGAUGUCAUCUAUGUUCUGUGAUUGACACAACUACACACCUAAAGGCUGAGUCUUCAGGUACAGCUGCUGGCAUGUCACAACAGAAAAGACUGGCACUGAUGCCGGAGGCUGGCACUGUUUCCACUUCAUGGGGUCCUUAGGUUCACCCCUGCUGAUAAGAGUGGGUCUUCUUAGGUUCACGAUUUCUAAUGUCGUUGUCAUCAUCAUCAUCGUCAUCUUCUGUCCUCUUUGUCACCUUGUGUUCUUGCUGCUGGACUGGUCAAGCCCACCUUAAUAAUAUCUGUGUCUUGGCUAAGCUCUCCAGCCCAUUAGUUUUAUUUUGCAAUUCUAGCAGCAGCAGAAACUCCCUACUGGCGGGAACUUGCACUCCUCACAACAACUCCCAACUGGUACAGAGGGGAGUUGGAGUUCAGUUUGUGAAUGUCCCUGCUUAGUAGUAUAGGUUAUAUUUCAUGAAGAUUUGUCAUUUAAACCAUUCUCAAGUUCCAUGUCCAAGAGCUCUCAAUUUUAUAGAUACCUGGCAUGAAGUGUAGGGAGAAAGAUUGUGAUUUCUUUGGUUUGGAAUAUACGUACCAUUGCUACCUGUUAACAGCAUAUGGCAGUAGCUCAAGAUGUGGAUGUUAAGUAUGGAAUGAAUUGUGAAUUUUUGUGAAAUUUACCUUUUUGUGUGGUACAUGUUCUGGUAAGGCAAUUGAAAAAGAAGGCAGUGGACUGCUUAUUACUGUACAAUAUUUAUGUCAGCAUCACAGAUUUAGCAACAUCACAGAUUUACCCCAGUCUUCAAAGGAUGAGUAUGGUUUAGGAUGUGUUGAUGGGUAAGCAGUAAGCUGUCAUCUUUUUUAAAGCUUUACCUACAUAUUUAUCUCCAGUACCAGUAGUUCCUGGAGUGUAGAUGACUUUUCUGUACUGUAAUCCUUUUAUAUAAAAGUGUUAAGUGCUCUCGGUGACUGUCCUGUAGGUCAGUACUUGGAGGAAAUCCACCAUUGGUUGCCUUUAUUUAUUAGUCUAGUAAGGAAGGGAGCAAAGAAUGUAGGGAAAGGUAGAAGGAUGGAUGUGUAGUAAUGAGGAAGCUAUUGGAAAUUGGUGGUUUGGAAUGGUUAAGGAAUUUUGCUCAUGUAUUUUUUAUAGUAUUUAUUUUACAUUGUGGUUUGGGAAUGUUGGAGUGUGACACCAGCUACUUGUUGGUAAUCCUAUUUUGAUAAGUCUAGAAUACAAUUGCUGUUGGUGAAGUAGUCGUAUUUGUAAUUUAGGAAGUUUUGCUUCUACUCAAGCCUACGCUAUACCUUUGUUCCUUGCUCUGAAAGACCAAUGAUAUUUAGCCAUGAAUGGAUUUCUUCUGGGUACAGUCCUCUGUCCCAAGGGUUGGAUUUAAGUCAAUGUCUUCAGAGGAUUUCAUUGCCAACUGAUUUGAUGUUUAGGUAUUUUUUUCCAUUAUUUAUGUUUAUUGAAUUUUUCAUUGCUGCAAACAGUCAUGUAAAUUUGAACUGGGCUGUGAAAUGUUUUUAAUUAUGUUUGUAAGACCAUGAAAUAAGUUGAUAAAUAAUCCUUUCUAAGUAAAGCAGGGCAUUGAGUGGUUGAUAAAUAUAUAGUGAUAUCAGAAGGUUCUACAAAGUGGGUGCAUUGUUUUAUUUAUUUUUUAUUGAAUGUUAGAAAACCAUAUGUGUUUCUAGGUCAUUUCUUCUAUGUCAGCCUUAUGAAGAGGGUGACAAGUAACUUGCUCUCCAGUCUUGGUUCCUAGAUUUCAUUUUUUCUUCCUUUCGAAUGUAGUCCUGUCUCUAUUAUUUGGAUUUUUUAUAUUUAAUAGCUGAAUGUACACUUUAAUCAAAGGAUAGCCUUGCUGCUUCUACAAACCUUAUUACUCUUAGUAACUUCUCUUGGAGGCCAUCAUACAUAGGGUUAUUUCCAUUGAAAUUGGUAAAAUAUUGUUAUUGUUGUUUUCCAAAGUUAAAAUAGACUACAUAGGUAUGUGUUGAACAGAAGAUUUACGAGAAAUGUGUUGAAGUUUCGUUGAUCUUAGGUGUUUUGGGAGAACCAAAUGGUGACUUAAUUCAAAAUUUGUCAUGUACCAGAGGUGAAACCCUGAGGUUCAAGAGCUGAUUUGUGUUCGUUACGCAACAUUUUUUUUAAUCAGGUAUGAAAUAGUAGAACUGUAUCCUUUGUUACUGCAUCUAGGCAUCUACUCUGCAUAAGACUACAUUUUUGUUGUGUAGAUACUUAAAAUAAUCUGGAUGGUUUCAUUAUUUAUGUUUAGUUACUUUUAUAAAUCAUAUUUUAGGUUUGAAAUAACAGUUAGUAAAUUUGAGAGGUUUAUUUUACAGGAAAACAGUUUGCUCUUAAGGAAGGACUUGUGACAAAUUGACAUUCCUCAUAGGUAACUUGACAAUUUCAUCAGUUUAUCUGUAAAUUAUUGAUCAUUGUUAAAUAGAUAUUACACGUAGCAUUCCUACUACUUGAAGUUCAAUUCCCCAUCCCUUUUCCCAUUUAAGUUGCCUGUUAGCAGUUGGGGGUGAUCUCUCACAUGUGAUAUGGGCUAGCAAAUACAUUUUCAUCAGGUAAGAAUGCAAAUAGAUUUCUGGUUUGAAGGACAUUGAUGGGAGUUCUAUUUCUGGCCCUUUGUGCAGAUCAUACUGGGAACUUAGAUUGUUGAUUGUGGUUAUUUACUCAGGUGGAUAACAUAGUGAGAAAGUAAGGUUAUAUGUUUUGUUUAGUAGUGCAUUGGUGAGAUUGAUUACUGUUGAUGGUAGUGGUUAUUUUUUUUUUAAUUGUUAAUGAUAGUAUGAUAAUUAUUUUUUAUUUUUGUAAGGCUUAGCUACCUCCCCUGAUGAAAUAUCAAAUUAUCUUAUUGCAGGAAUUUUUUUUUAUAUAUGUAAGAUAGUACUCGAAACAUCAGCCUGAUAUUUCAGUGGUAACAAAGCCAAAGGUUAUCAAAAUUUUAGUUUUAAGUUUUCUUUAAAUGAAGUUGACACAUUGUAGCAAGGAUUCGAGUGGAUUUUAUUCUCCAACUUUUCUUUUGAAACAGAAGCACCGGUGAACCCUAGGUUAGAUACGACAGAUUUCUAUACUUCAUCCAUUUCAGUUUAGGUUAUUUUUUACAUUAAAAUUUAUCCUUUUUAUGAAUAUCUUGUACACAAAAGUGUGUUACUUAUAAGUAGAGUUUAUGAAUUUUACUUAAGAUUUCUUAUUAAAAGUGCAGUACCUACGUAUAUCUGGAUUAGGAAUAGUUCACAAGAUGGUUUCCCAUUUAAAUGCAUAACAGCUUUUGGUAAAAACCAGAAACAUUAAUCUAGUACAGUUUUUACAAGCAGAGGAUACAUGAUUCUUGUUUAUAUUGAGCAGGAAAAAUGAUUAAAUUUAGGUUACAUUUCCUAAAGAACUUUAACAUUUCUGGCAGCAUUUUAUGGUACAUUAUAUUGAUGAGAGGACUUUUAGUUUGCCAUUGAACUUGAGGAUGAGCUGGAUGGGUAAAUGUUGAUUGAUCUUGAAAAUGUCUCAUAUGCUAGUCCAUGCACAACUGUGUUGCUAGUUUUUAGUGAAAUUUAUCAAAGUAAGGCUCUUAUGUUAUAAAGUGGUUGUUUACUUGAAAUGGACCCUGUAUCCAAAACAUUGUUUUUGGAAAAUAAAACUGGUUUGAAAGUGCUUCUAUGCACAGUUUUGAAAUUUAGUGGGGAUUGGAACUAAGGUUUCUGAGGUUCUUGUAUUGUGAUAUUUUGAAGUGACAAAAAGAAUAUGAAUCCAUGAAUUUCAUUUUGUAUUAUUUGGUUGCCUCAGACAUCAUGUUUUUGAAAAAUUCCUUUUAUUCCAGAAAUAUUACUAAUCAAUUAAUUAACAAUAAAAAUUAAGGCUUGGCAUUCUUCUAAAGCAGAAAGACUUGAAUGUUUGUAUGUUAUUUGUCAAUUUUCCAACACUUCCUUUCACUUUCAUAUUGCAGACUUUUCUGUUAGGGAACAUUGUGUUGUGUGGAUGUGUGAGGGAACAUAGCGUUGUGUGGAUGUGUGUGAAAUUGACAGUGGCCAACUAUAAUGCACAGAGAACGCAGUUAUAACUUCUUUUACAGUUAAAAGCUAGUUCUUACAUUUUUUGAGUUUGAAAUAAAGUUGUAUGGGCUAUUAUGUAAAACUAGCAAUUCCUUGUUUUGAUUGCAAUCUUGAGGGGGUUAGUUGAUUAAUUCAAAGUUCCCAAAGCCUGUGAUGCAGUAAUGAUGUUGAUGGUAGUGGACCAAUAAUUGUUUUUAGUAACUUUUGACGAAAUGUUUACCUCUCCAUCCUCUUAUAAUAUUUUAAUUGGCUAAAUUCAUAUGGUUGAUGUCAUGAAUGGUGCUAAAUUUUUACAGGAAGAGUAAAGUUUGGACAUAAAUUUUGAGCAACUUUAUGCUAAUGUAUUCUUAAGCAAUGAUUGUCUUGUGUUCAGCAAGAAAUAAGCUGUUAAUGCUAAGUUGAAAUCUGCUCUUGCAGUUGUAAGUGCUACACUGAAUCCUCAUGUUGGCAUCAGGAAAUCAAAUUACUAGAAGAGCUGUCGGUCAACUACCAUAUGCUCCUGGGAUGCCUCUCUUAAUUUAUUUUGUCAUACUUCCCACUUGCUGGUGAAAGAAAUAGGUUUUUUUAAAAUGUGGUUUUAAGGGUAAGCUAUUAUGUAAGUAUCAUUCCCCCCACCCCCCCAGAGGAGUAAAUACAAUAUGAGGAUUACAUAAUGUGGCAGUAUUUAUCUGCAUUCCAUUUCUGUAAAAAGUUCAGACAUUUAUAUUCUAUAUGUUUGUGGGUGUUUCUUCAUUUUCUCGCCUCCAUUUUUCAGGUAUAUCUUUAUAGUAAUCUUUGAGGAUGUUCUCACUCCAUACUAUUUUGAGAAAGUGAUUCCAUUUUAAAGGUUUUGCAAUUUUAAUUUAUUCUUCUCCCACCCAGUUUAUAUCUAGUUGAUGUCGUACCAGUUCCUGCGAUUCUCGAGCUGCUCACAAGUGAUUUUUCUGUUUCUGUAAUGAAGUCUUAUAACAGGUGGCUUUAUUUUUUCACUUAUUGAGAUGAUUUUUUGUGCUAUAUCCUCCCAGUUAUUAACCUGUAUUACCUCAUGUAUUAAAGUGGUUAGCCUUUGUGAAAUUGUGGAUUCCGUUCAAUCACUGUGUCCGGAUUCAGCUUUUGUGUUUCCCUCCCAUGUCAUUUGUUGUCCAUUCCCAUAAGAUGCUUUCAGUUAGUAGGGUAGGGGAGGACACCAGAUUUAUGGAUUUUAUUCUGUUCACUAAUACCCAGUGAAAUUUUUAUUUGAACAUCUAAAAUUCAUGAACUUGGUGACAUGAGUCUUCCCAACUAAACUUGGGCACAUGGGAAAUGGUCCAUACGAUAAUUGAUCAAUGGGAAUAUGGUCCAUUUGCUAUGAUUAGCAGAUAGUCUUAUUGCAAGACCUUGUGCUGUGAUAAGCAUAUGGAUUUAUCCUGGUAAGUUCAUAGUGGUAUAGAACAACCACAGGGUUAGGCCUUUGUGACCAUCUUUUCAGUGAGGCUACAUUGUGCAAUACCAUUCAUUUGGAAAGGACCAGCUAAUAAGUAGAUGAGGCUUUAUUGUGCAGUGUUAGAGAGAACCUUAUUGAUAAGAGGAUUAUCAAGGCCUGCUUUCAAGACAAACCAGGGCCGAGUUAGAAGAGGCUAUGAUGUAAUGUAUUUCUAGAAUUCAUAGAAUGAUGCUGGUAGAGUGGCCCAGCACGGUGGUCCAUGUCCGGAUGCUUGUACAUAACUGUGAUCCUGUUGUAGAGUUCUCAGCAAUGUAUUAUUUUGUAUUAUUUUUUUUAUAUAUAUAAAUAAACAUAUAUAUAUACUGUACAAGAAAAGGGGCUGUUACUUUUUAUUAAUACAGUGUCAAAUUAAUGGCUGCAUUUAUUUGUGGCCCGUUCAUUGGCUACCGUGUCGAUUGCCAUUAUCGUGGCAUCGGGUCUCGCUACCAUAAAAACAUGUCGUCGGUUAAAGUGGGUUGCAAGUGAGUGGGUUCUUAAGAGGCUAUUAAAAUAACAGAGCCAUCUUAGUGGAUUUUGAAUAUACUGAUGUGUGUGUUAUGGUAUGCCAGAUGUAAAAAUUUAGUUAUGCUGCCAUUCAAUCAGCUGUUACUUUAUUAAGAAUAUACUACUUCCAAAUUAUAAAUUUUCAUUAUUAGCCAGUUACUUGUCCAUUCUAAGCCCUGCCCAGGAUUGGGAAACCUUUAUGGGUCACCUGAAACACGAGUUAGGGAAUUAAUUUAUCACUUGGAACUUUGUUGAUGGCCUCCAGCCUGGCCAUAUGAAGGAUGGUGUUGUCAUUGCUUCUGGAUAAUCCCCUUUGUAGGAUUCCUCACUGGUAACCAAAUAUAGCCCGAUCAUUGCAUCCUUAGUUGCUGGUUAUUUUUAUUUCACUUUUUGUUUUUUUGUUCCUCAGUGGCGAUAACCUACAUUGGUGGUCAUCUGUUGCAAACUAGUGGACCUAGAGAGCCCAUGUUUAGCAGGACACAUUCACUAUUUGUGUUGGUCUCCCCUUUUUCAACACUUGCUUUAGGCUAAUUAGCCUAAUUUUGUAUAUAAUUCAUUCCUUCUAAGAAAGGUUAAAUAAAGCUGAGCUCCAA